UGGGACGCUGCUUCCCUGCUCAAUCCAAAGGGCGUCAAGUCAGAGGCACUCUUGCAGCGUCCCAUCUCCCCGGCUGGACCUUCCUCCAAUGGCGUCAAUACCGAACCCAAUACCCCAGCACAGGUUCAGUUCCAGUUCGCUGACCCCAGUGGCCUCUCUGCUGCAGUCCCUCCCUUUUCCUACCAAACCCAGACACCCCAAAGCGCUGCAAACCCUCCCACCAUGCAGGGUAUAACCAAUAUGAUAGAGCGCUUUAGCCAUGUGCAGGAUCGCAGCAGUGCGCAUUCGGCAAAGCGACGCAAGGUCGAGGAAGAGCCCGAGGACGACAAGUCCAAGAAUGGCGCCUUUCAUGGAGGAAGCAGCGGCAUGCUAUCUGGAUACCUCAAGCAGAAACAGUCAGACACGCAGUCCACAUCUCUUGCCACCACCCCAACGCAGUCCACUCUUGACUUGACUGGUGGUAUGUGUGAUGAUGAUGAUCUUGAGGAGAUCAAGGACCCGAGGGAGCAGGAGGUGUGCUACGGCAUGGUCGCAGGGGCAAUGGUUCACUGCCACAUUGUCCCCUCACCCAAGCCUGGCGCCAGGACGCUGACCCCCGGCAGUUGGCCACAGGUCAAGGUUGUUUUGAGAAGGAUCGAAGGCGACAAGACGCGGACCAUCAACGUGUACGACCACACUAGGACAAUUGUCGGCAAGCUGAACCCCAAGAUCGCCGCCGGCCUCGCCCCGCUGUUUGACGCACGCCUGCUUGGCAUACGUACCGACGCCUUCAUUGGCACCCGACGACGUCUUCCUGAUGAGGAGGCUGGUCAGCACAUUUCCCGUUCAUACCCCCUGCAGCUGAUGCUGUAUGGAAAGUUCAAGUACGCAAAGACGGUUGCGAAGCACUUCUCUAGGGCAGAAGUCAACAUCAACCUCUUGAGUCCGACGCGGGUUGACAAGGGCGUUCGGGUCUUUAAUCCUCUCGCCAAAGAGCUUCGACCCAUGUCCGCGCCGAGGGCCUACGACCAGCCUCAGGCAGCCCCGGUUGCACGAACCGAGGAGGAAGUACGUUCCGAGAUUCUUAAUGUCUUCGAUUCGCUGGCAGACACCGACAAGCUGCCCGAGAGCGAGCCCGACGACCGCAUCACAACGCCGCUCCUGCCGCAUCAGAAGCAGGCACUGCACUUCAUGAAAGGCCGUGAGGACCCCGCAGAGACGGCUAUGGACCCGCUGUGGAAGAAGACGAGCGCCUUCCGCGGCCAAGUCACAUACUACAACAUCAUCGCCAGCAAGCACUACCACGAGCCCCCUACCAAACCCCUCGGUGGUAUCCUGGCCGACAUGAUGGGCCUAGGCAAGACUCUGAGCAUUCUGUCCCUGGUUGCCUCUACUGUGCCUGACGCGUAUGACUGGGCGCGUACAGAGCCUGCGCUCCCAGAGACUACUGAGCAGCCCCAGCCGCAGAACCCUUUUGCGCCGCCCAAGCCUGGCGGUCUCGGGCUGACCACAGUGAAGAGAAACUCCAAGGGCACCCUGCUUGUCUGCCCCCUCAGUACGAUCACCAACUGGGAGGAGCAGAUCAAGCAGCACAUACGACCUGGAGGCCUGACCUACCACAUCUACCACGGCCCGCACCGCAUCAAGGAUCUCAACCAGCUGGCGACCUAUGACUUGGUCAUCACCACCUACGGGUCUGUCUCGAGCGAGCUCAGCGCUCGCUCCGCAAACAAGCGUGGCCCUCACCCGCUUGAGGAGAUUGGCUGGUUUCGCAUUGUCCUCGACGAGGCACAUAUGAUUCGAGAGCAGUCUACCCUCCAGUUCAAGGCCAUUUACCGCCUCAACGCCAGCCGACGCUGGGCCGUGACUGGUACGCCGGUCCAGAACAAACUUGAAGAUCUCGCCUCUCUCCUCGCCUUUCUGCGGGUCAAGCCUUUCCACGACCGGAGCAUGUUCAACCAAUACAUCGUCACGCCUUUCAAGAUGUGCGACACAGGCAUCAUACCCAAGCUUCGGCUUCUGGUCGACACCAUCACCUUGCGUCGUAUGAAAGACAAGAUCGACCUGCCAAAGCGUCACGACCAGAUCGUCAAGCUACAGUUCUCGGCCGAGGAGCGCCGCAUGUACGAGGCCUUCCAGAAGGAUGCGCAGCUUCGUGUGAGCGUGAUUACUGGUCAACGCGAACGCAUGGUCGGCGGCAAGACGUACAUACACAUCCUCCAGGCCAUCCUUCGGCUACGCCUGUUCUGCUCUGGCGGCAAGGACCUCAUGAGUGAGGAUGACUUGCACCUGCUCGAGGGCUCGAGCUCCGAGGCACCCAUCGACAUCGAUAGCGACGAAGACGAUGAGAAGCCUGCCCUUACGGAGAGUAAGGCUUACGACAUGUUCAACCUGAUGCAGGAUGCCAAUGGUGACAACUGCAUAAUAUGCAGUCAGAAGCUUGGGCCUAAGGAGGGUUCGGAGAUCGAGUCAGAGCGCCAGGAGGAGGUCAUGGGCUACAUGACGCCUUGCUAUCACUUGCUCUGCCCAUCGUGCAUCGGCAACUUUCAAGGCCUCUGCCCCUGCGGAGCCCCCGUCCUGAGCACCGUCGCACUCCGUUUGACCAAGGCCGACCAAGAGCACGAGGCCCAUUCGGAAGGAAACAAUGGCAAGGUCGCCGGAAAGAUGCCCCGAGAAUAUUCUGGUCCCAACACAAAGGUCAAGUAUCUCAUACAAGAGCUCCACAGCUGGAAGGCGAAGAGCAUUGCCAACCCUCACGAGCCCCCCUACAAGUCUGUGGUAUUCUCCCAGUGGACCACCAAUCUGGACCUCAUUCAGAAGGCCUUGGACGUAGAAGGCAUUUCCUACGUUCGCCUCGACGGCAAGAUGACACGGAUCGGCCGCACUCGUGCCAUGGACAGUUUCCGUGAGGACCCGAACGUGCAGAUCAUCUUGGUAUCUAUCACCGCAGGCGGUCUGGGGCUCAACCUUACUGCCGGCAACUCUGUCUACAUCAUGGAGCCGCUCUUCAACCCCGCAGCAGAGGCGCAGGCUAUCGAUCGUGUGCACCGCCUCGGACAGAAGCGCGAGGUCCACUGUGUCCGCAUGCUGAUGGACGACAGUUUCGAGGAGAAGAUGCGCGAGCUGCAGGAGAAGAAAAUGAAGCUGGCAUCCCUCAGCAUGGACCGCGACAAGGGCGACGCCGGCGGUUAUCUCACCAAGGCAGAGGCGGCAAAACAGAGACUGAUGGAUCUGCGCAGCCUGUUUGAGAAGGGUUCCAAGCUGUAA